AUGCUGUCCAAGGGACUCGUCAGCCCUGAUAUCUUUGCUGUUGUGCAAAAAAAAGGGAAGAAAAGAGCGACGAGGAAAAUUCACAAGAAACGUUUCACAAACCAUGAUGUUCGUUCCUCAAUCUUCAUAAAAUUAAUUGGAGUUUCUUACUCGUUGUGGAGCGUUUUAUGCCGCAUAAAACAACAAAAAAGAUCAGAAGAAUCAGAAAACUGGUUUUGGUGCCUUUUGCUUUUAUUUAUUACAACUAAAGUGGCACACAAGAAACCUCAUCACUGA